AUGGGUGGAUUAUUUUUUGGGAGGUGGAAGUGGGUAGGGAACGCGUCGGUUUCAGGUGCGCAGUGGUUGGGAUUGUGCCUAGAGGACAGCUGUUUUGUAGGCGCAUGGGGGUUUCCCCAUUUGUACGGUGUUGAUGGAAUGCCGCAAAACUGGGCAUUGGUGAAAGUUCGUCUGUGGAGUGGUUCAGCCCUGAUGUUGGUUGGUAGUGCUUGCGAGGUUUGGUACUGCGAUAUCCAUGGUGACACUAAGGCACUGGCAGUCGAAUAUGUUAUGUUGUGUAGGAAAGGCAGAAGCGUUGUGUUGCGGCUAGCCAUUUCCGUGGGUUGUGGUUCGGACACUGAUUGUGAAGGAUUUGAAUUGUGGCAGCACGUGUGGGAGGCUGGGUUAUGGAAUGCAGAGCGAUGUGCGUGUGGCGAUCUCAGCGGUGUGGCAUCAUUAGUUGUGUUAGUUCUCAGCCUACGAAGCGCUUUGACGUUAGACUACGCCAUUGGUCUAGAUAUCCUGGAUACGUUUCCAAUUUUAGGAAACUGGAUGGUGAUGUGUGGAUUAUUUUUUGGGAGGUGGAAGUGGGGAACAGCCAUGGUGUCGGAGUUUUGCGCCACGUGUGAUGGCGAUUGUCAGGGAGACGCGCAGGAUAUGACUUGCAGCAGCGCAUACAUGGUCGACCGUUUUUGUUGGGGUGCGUUGCGGCAGGCGAUGUGGUGGGUAGUGUUUGGGACGGGUAUCACUGUGACAUUCAUGUUGGCAAUUGAGCAGUGGCGCGAUGGAGAUAAGGAAUAUGUUACAGUUGCAUAUUCUGUAUAUAGUCUGUUUCGAAGAUUGACUAUGGGUAUUGCGUAUGAUGAUGGAGGCGAUUGUGAAGGAUUUGAAUUGUGGCAGCACAUGUGGGAGGCUGGGUUUUGGAAUGCAGCCGGCGAUGGUUGGAGUGACUGA